CAAAAUGUCACCGAGUUUGACACAAAAAAUAUCAUAUUGGCUAGAUUGACGACUAUUAUUUGUUUGUUCCGCUGUUUGAAGUUCUUAGUUUUUCUAUUUAAAGUAUUUUUAUAGUUUUGAUUAAACAAUUGCAUUAGAAACUGCAAUAAUGCCUAUUAAUCCUAUAAUUCGACGUAUGAAGGGCUUGCCCAGUGAUCUCUUGGCGGCUGAAGGUCUGAUGUACCAGGACUGGCAUGCCAUCACUCCUUGUCAACGAGCUUGUACCAUGCGUCUGGGCAUCGCCAUCCAACGAGAACAGGAAUCAUAUAUGACUAAGCACCCAGAGAUUUUAGCGAUGCUCAAAAUAUUUAUAGCCAAAAUGACACAAAGAGGGAAAAGGAAGGAUUUUCAAAAGGACGCUGCAUUGAAUUUUACAAGACCCUUCGCGGAAUUAGAUCAAGAGCUAAGGACGUUUCUUGAGUCGCCCGAAGACGGACCUUACGUUAACAUGGAAGAUAGAGAGUUUUACGAAUUUGAUGAUGAAGAUUUACAAAGUGACUUGAAGAAAAUCGUCUCUAAAUAUUACCCGCCAACGCCUUGGGACGUCCGCACUCCUCCCAAGAGUCCGACACCCACACCAUCAUCCUCCUUCAUUUCGAUACAAACCUCAGAUUUUACUCUUCCAACUCCAGAGCCCGUGCCCACUCCCGAGCCGACCACUUCCCAAAUAUUUUACCGAAUGGUCUCUAAUGCUGUCGACAAAGCAGUUUAUUCACAAGUUAACGAUGAAGCUGUACUUUACGACGCAGCCUAUGUGGAACUGAUGAAAGCAGUAGAAGAAGCUAUGGAGAUACCAGUUAGGGAUAUACGCCUUGACAUUGCAGAUAUAUUCCGUGAAGCUUACCAUAUGUUUGAAAUUAACAUCAUUGAAAAAGAGAAAUUCGCUGCUGCAAUCGCUUGGGAAAAGCGAAUGAGGAAGAAAUUGAAGAAGUCACUCAGGAAACAAAAGAAUUUUAAAGGAUAUGAAACUCCAACAACUCCAAAAAGCCAAAUAUCAUCACACGAGAGCUAUAAGAGGCCUCCCCCGCGGCCUUGCGAGUGUCAAUCAUUGGCCAACUACAAUCGAUAUGGAAAGGACCGUUUCGGCAUCUACCUGCCGCGGAAAGAAGAAUUUAGCACUAAAAAUAUAACCACAACACCAGCUUGUUCCUAUGCGACGGUCGAUGGAAAUUUUUCUGGCAUAGAUAUCGACAUCAGAUCAGGAAGCAAGAAAAGUGUGCCUCACUCCAUUGCUUCAAAUAAAAGUAUUGCUAAGCGAGGAGCAAAAACUGUGACCCUGUCUGAAGAUGGAUCGAAAGUGACCGAUACGGAAGACGGCAAGAGCAGUUGUAAGCGAGAAACGGAGACUACCUAAACCAGCUUUUAGGACGCCUAAAAAUGCUUCAAAAUGCAUACAUUUAACUAAUACCCUUCGACCGUAACCAAGAAGGUGCUUAAAAAUUUGGCAUGCCUGAGGAUUCGACCUUACAUUAUUAUAGUAUAUUUUAUUAUUUUACAAAUUUUACGUGUCUGUAUCCCGAUGUAUUGUUUAAAGUCCAUAUUACAAUAAUGUAUCGGUUUCCUCCUUAUAUUUUCAAAAUAAACGGUUAACCAUCAUUAA